GGGAUCUAACACAACCUUGCUGGCAAAAGAUUUGCUACAUCCGUCUCCCGAGGAGGAGAAGAGGAAACACAAGAAGAAACGUUUGGUGCAAAGCCCUAACUCUUACUUCAUGGAUGUCAAAUGUCCCGGUUGCUACAAAAUCACUACAGUGUUCAGCCACGCACAGACUGUCGUGUUGUGUGUCGGGUGCUCCACUGUACUUUGCCAGCCUACUGGUGGAAAGGCCAGGCUAACAGAAGGCUGUUCCUUCAGAAGAAAGCAGCACUAAAAUGAAAGUUGGCGUCUCAGGAUGGGUGAGACUACCUGCACCGCUGGGCAUCGGGAAACUGGCAAAGGGAUAUUGAUUCACUUCCCUGAGAUCUGGUUGGCAGGAGGAAGGAAAUGUUGCUUGGUGGGGGGAGGCUGGUGGCGGAGGGGAGGUGUCAUCACUGUCCUGUAGCCUUACCCAUCUGGUUUAUGUAAACUUUUUUGGACCUUCUGCUGGUAUUGAGUUAUUUGUUAGAAUUGUCAAAUAAAAUGUUGUAACAUC